CAGUGAGUCAGUGUCGUCCGCACCAGCACGUCGUGACGUGUCGCGUGUAGUGUCACCGCGUGUGUACGUCGAUGUGUGUCACGUGGGAUACGUGAAUAACAAGCAUUGGUCUACAGUUACCAGAGAAUUAGAGCUGUACGGGCCGAUGGAUCUAUCACAUGGCCGCCCCCGCUAGCCGCCGCCCCCGGAGCACGGCACUCCCGCCCUCGCCGCCCCAGAGUCACGUCCCCAGGCGGAAGUACUCCCUAGACCAUGGGGAGACAGCCAGCGGCAGUCAGGCAGCAUGGCGACAUCCAGAGAUAACACCGGCUCUGGCGGGGUCGUCCACGGCCCCUGCAGAGGAGAACGCGUUCCUAGCGAACAACAACGGAGAAGAAAACCAGAAUAUGCCUUUGGAAACUGCAGUGCUCAAGAAACACUCGUCCGUGGAGUCGGUGGACAACUACUUUUACGAUUUCUUCGACAGAAACUGCAGUCCGAGUCCGACAGUUCCAGAUAACGCGGAGAGUGUGGAGAAAGGUGCUACGAAUAGAGUAAGAAACCUGAACGUGCGGCCGAGAAGCUGGGUGACCACCUCGAGGAGAGUGGAAGAUCCAAGGAGAACGAGAAGGAGGCAAACCGAUCCUUGCGGAAGGAACUUUCUGAGCGAUUACGAACGAGCGUUGAGUUCACUUCUGUAUCAGCCUUACGAGUGUAGGAACUCCAACGACGACUCUGACGUCGGAUUUUGGAUCUCGGACACCUACAGGGAGCCGUACUCCACCAGCUCUAGCUCCACCUCGUCCAGUUCACUAGGGGAGCUGAUCCGCCGGUGGACCAAUAAAGACCCGAGCCGUGCCGGCAACACCGCCGAGCGAAGUGGCAACACCGCGAGCAGUGACCCCGAUACAGGCGUACCAACACAAACUGGUUCCCAGCGCCAGUCCGCGACGAGACAUGGACCGGAGAUGUUGGUGAACGUGCAGCCCGAGCGCGUGGAGCCCGCGGGGACGGACGAGGGAAGUGCGAGUGCUAGUGUGAGUGUCAACUGCUACAGGGCAGUUCCAGCAACAGUGUCAGCAGUGCCUAACAUACAGUGUAAUGUGUCUAACGUGAGGGUAGUGCCGCGGACCUACACGUCCACCGAGGCGCAGACCGACGACAUCCUUGUAGACGUGAGGAACAGGGAUAGAGAGCAGCGACGUAGAGAGAGACGCGAACGGAGACAUCAGAGGAGGCUGGCUAAUCAUCUACACCCUCAGAUGCAGACCACUGAGGUGUGGCAUACUCCCAUCCCUGAACCUGUAGACCGCCUCCCUGACCUACUCAACUCACACCUUCCACCCCCGUACUCCACACUGCCCAUAGGUCUGCCGCCUCCUCUACCGCCACCCCCUGUGGUCACCACUGUCGGGACUUCGCCCCAGCCUGGACUGAGAUUCCCCUUCGCCAUCGUGCCUGUUGGACGGAGAAGAUCGCCACACUUUGCGUCAGAGGACCAGCCAAAGUCUUGCUGUGGAGUGGCAGUGUCUCAGACGUUGACUGUCAGAUGGUUCAUCAUCCUCAUCUUCUUGGUGGGUUUGUGUUGUGCCAUCGUGGGCACUGUGUUGGGAGCUAUGAAGGCUACAGGGAGAGAACACCUAACAGUAUCACUGCUGAUGAUUGGAGUAGGCAUUGUCCUGGUAGCGGUGUCUGGUGUGGCGUGGAGGCUGACAUCACAACAAGCACCAUCAUGUCGAGCCAUGCUGGGACUAGGAGGGGAUGACUCUGGUGAGCCCAACCGGCGCUUCGUACCUAGACUGCCUCCAUCAUAUGGUCGGCCACACCAUCCCUACGCCGCCAUGAUGUACCCAGAGUUCCAGUAUAGAGCGCCACCGCCCUCAUAUCAAGCCAGUAUGCAGGAGUACAGGCUGAGACUGCUGUUGCUGGAUAGACAUUCAGGUGUUGUGCCAGGGAACACGGUGUCACCUCCUCCCACAUACAGAAGUCAAGGGGGCAGUUUGCUCAGAGCGCCUAUCACACUACGGGGCACCCCCGCUCAGUCUGAAUACUCUCGUCCGCCCAGCUACCGCUCUAGGACGUCCUCGCGGCCUGAUCCCUCCGUCACACACUCCAGAGAGCCCAGCGGGUCCGAGGCGGGGCAAGCAGUGAACGUCAUCACUGUUCACCCCCACAUCAUCAAACUGGCCCCGUCGCCCCCACUGCCUGCUAAGGGUGGUAAGGACAGCAACCUGGUGACCAUCGUACAGACUGCGUCACAACCCACGGGUCCCGUCAUAGUGACUAUCAGUGGACAAGAGGAUGGAGCUACUAGUUGCCAGCAGAGCGAGAUGGAGAUACUGGCUCAUUUGUGAUACUUGACUGUAAAUUUUCCUCGCUACGAACAAACUCGAUUACAAAUAAGCUGUAAAUUCCUUUAAAUUUAUUUUUGAUUAUGAGAUGCUAAAAUCCCAAAGAAAUUUGGGAUGAAAUUCAAUUGACAUAAAAAUUAAUUUGAACCCAUUUUUAAGUUAAAAUUAAUAAUUUAAAAAUUAUUUGUUUCAAGAAUAAAUUUUUUGACCAAACAGUUUAAAUAUUAAAUAUACUCAUUUUUUUUAGAAUUUUAUAUGAAAACAAACAAAACCAAUUAUCUGAUAGGCCUAAUUAUAUUUACUAAACUAUAUUUCAACUUUUAAUUUUUCGUUUAUUUAUGGAUUGGAAAUUCUUUACUAUUUAAAUUUAAAUUAAAGACUGCUUGAACCCUCCCUAUAAACACAAUUAAAAUUUAUGUCUAAUAAAACCCCAUUAUUUGUGUAAAAAGAAAUGAAUACAGUAUGUUUGAAAUCUGGUCUGUUUGUGAUUAGACUACCUUCUUUAUAUGCUGUAGAAUAUGUAAUAAAUUCAACACUCAUUAAAGUAGCCUAAACUUGGUGCUAAAAACAAUUUUUGUACACUAUGAUUAUUAUGGUGCCAUCAUCAGUUAAUAUUUUUAAGCCUGUACUGUAUUAUUUUUGGAACGGAGUACGUCAUUUUAAACAUAUUACAAUGUUUUUACAGCUUCAUGAUAAACAGUUUUCAGCAAAUGUAAAAUAGAUAAAAAAUGUCCUUUUUAGUAUUAACAUUGUCAUACAGUAACAAAAUUUUACUGUGAAAACUUGUAGGAUAUCUUUUCACAAUGUACCUAAACAUUUGUACAUAUGUUGUAUAUAUUAUGUUAUCUCUUGUACAGCUGUAAAAUAACGAGGGAAACCUCAAAUUUUGUUGAAUAAAACAAUA